AAAGCAACUCCUGACAUGCAUCAGUUCUUGAGUGAACUGAGACGGCGAGUGAGAGUCGGGGUGGUCGGAGGAUCAGACUUGGACAAAAUUAAAGAGCAGUUGGGUGAUGAUGUGAUUGAUAGAGUGGAUUAUGUAUUUGCUGAGAACGGUUUGGUAGCAUACCGGUUUGGGCAGCUGCACUCUAUACAGAGUAUUCAGGCAUACAUGGGAGAGGAGGUUUUACAGGAUUUCAUCAAUUUCUGCCUCAAUUACCUUUCAAAGAUAAAACUGCCCAAAAAAAGGUGA